AUGGCGGAUAAAUAUUUUAAUAUGUUGCUUUUGUUGCUGAGAAAAGUCAUUCCAAAUGGAAAAGAUAGCAUACCAGAAAAUUAUGAUAACGCAAAGAAGAUUGUUUAUGUUAUAGGACUUGAUUACAAUAAAAUCGACGCAUGCCCUAAUGAUUGUAUCCUCUACUAUAAGGAUAACAAAGAUCUUCAGGAGUGUCCAAUUUGUGGAGUAUCACGGUGGGUACAACGCAAAAAUUAUUCAACACAUGGGACAAUAAGGUCUAUGCUUAAGCAAAAUAAGAUUCCAGCAAAGGUCCUGCAUCAUUUUCCCUUAAUACCAAGGCUAAAACGGUUGUAUAUGAAUAAAGACACUGCUAAGCAAAUGAGGUGGCACAUGGAAGAACGUACUGAUGAUGGUAAAAUCAGACAUCCGGCUGAUGCAGAGGCGUGGAAGCAUAUGGAUAGAACUUUUCCUUGGUUUGCGAAUGAGUGCAGGAAUGUUAGACUAGGUUUGUCUAGCGACGGAUUCAAUCCAUUUGGGAUAAUGAGUUCUGGUUGGUCUACAUGGCCUGUGGUAUUAACGCCUUACAACUUACCACCUUGGCUUUGCAUGAAACAACCGUAUAUGAUACUUUCAUUAUUGAUACCGGGCAAGCAUGCACCAGGCAAUGACAUAGAUGUGUUUUUAGAACCGCUAAUUAAUGAGUUAAAACAACUCUGGACUGGAGGGGUUAUUACUUAUGAUACUCAUGCAAAGCAGUCUUUCAGACUAUGUGCUAUUUUACUAUGGACAAUUAAUGAUUUUCCAGCCUAUACGAAUCUUUCAGGUUGGUCUACAAAGGGAACAUAUGCAUGUCCAGUGUGUGGUCCAGAAUUCAAAGGUCUUUAUCUGCAGCACAGUCGAAAGUUUUGUUAUUGGUUUAAUAGAAGGUGGUUGAACAUAAAACACAGGUACAGAACUAAAAAAUGGAGCAAGUUUUUUGAUGAUACUGUUGAGAAGAGAGAUGCUCCGCGUCCAUUACGUGAGGAUCAGAUUGUACAUUUCCUUGAGAUGUUCCCUGCCGUCAGCUUUGGAAAGAAGCGCUAUUCGAAAGAUGAUUUACUUGGAGUAAGGAACUUGCGUAUUAACAAAAGGAUGCCAAAACGAAAGAGACAAGCACAAGUGGUGAGUGAUGGGGCUAAAGUCGUAAAAUUACCUUCAGGAUGGACAAAAUUCAGCAUUUUUUUUCAACUCCCCUAUUGGAAAGAGCUAAAAAUACGUCACAACUUGGACGUCAUGCACAUUGAAAAAAAUAUUUGUGAUAAUCUUUUGUCCACAUUGUUGCAAGAUGCUAAUAAAUCAAAGGAUGAUCUACGAGCUCGUCGAGAUCUAACUGCAUUGAACAUUAGAGAGGAACUGCAGCCAAAAAAUGUUGGAAAUGACCGAUUAGAGUUGCCUGCGUCUCGUAUUACAAUGUCGAAAGUUAAGAUGCAAACAUUUUGUCAAUUCCUCAAAUCAAUAAAGUUACCAGAGGGUUAUUCCGCAAACAUAUCGAACUAUGUCCAGGUGCAAGAAAUGAAAAUAUUAGGGCUUAAAACUCAUGAUUAUCACGUGCUUCUUCGUCAAUUGCUACCUGUGGCACUACGCAGUACUAUGCAGAAUAAAAAAAUAGUGAAGGUUAUUAUUGAUUUUUGUGGAUUUUUCAGAAAGCUUUGUUCUAAAGUUAUAGACGCCCGUGACUUUGAGAAACUUGGAGAAAAUAUUUCUGAAACAAUGUGUGAAAUGGAGAUGCUCUUUCCUCCAUCUUUUUUCACAAUAAUGGUUCAUCUUACACAUCAUCUCGCGGAGGAGGCUGCAAUAGCAGGACCAGUCCAUUAUCGUUGGAUGUAUCCAAUAGAGAGAUAUUUGGGUUCAAUGAAGCGUCAAUUGCGUAACAGAGCUCGCCCAGAAGGUUCAAUAGCUGAAAGUUACGUGAGAAGCGAGCAACAUCAGGAAAAACUUAAGAAUGAAGUUAUCGGUAGUACAGCUGUACAUGACAUUAAAGAAAGGCAUAUGAAAGAAUUCUCUGCUUGGUUGAAUAGUGAAAUCCAGGAACAACUUGUCCUUAAUAAUCAAAUAUCAGAAGAAGUGAAGGUUCACGCAAAGCGGCCUUACUAUGCUGUAAUUCAAUAUGGUGGGUAUCGUGUUAACGGUUAUAAAUUUUACACAAUGGAGGUUGAUGAUACGAAGGUCACUCAGAAUAGUGGUGUCAUGGCUACCUUCUCUAAGGAAUGUUUCUCAAACAGAAGAGAUCAGAAUCCAGUUGAAAAUAAUAUGACAUAUUAUGGAAGGUUGGAAGAUGUGGUGGAGAUAUUCUACGGCUAUGGUGGUCCAAAUGAACAUAAAUACAUGAUGUUCAUGAUUCGUUGGUGUUUUACAAAGACUCAAAAGGAUCCCUUUGGAUUUACAAUUGUCAAUCUCGAUAAAGAAAUUGAUAGUGAUGAAAAAUUCAUGUUUGCAUCUCAGGUGGAACAAUGUUUCUAUGUGAAAGAUCCUACAGUUAAAGACGAGUGGGUUGUCUUGUACAAGGAUUCUAGGGCUUAUAUUCAACCUUCCACGAAUGAAGAUUAUGACGAGAGCUAUAUAAACAACUUCAAUGAGCCAAAUACAGCGAUCGAUGAAUUCUCGUACCCUCAAAACAUAGUGUUUGAAACAGAUGCUUCAACAACUCGGACAGACAUUCCAAAUAUUAUCACAGACAUUAAACGGAUGCUCCAACAAAUCGGAUGUCUAAAAAUAUUAACAGGAGGUUAUUCGAAGCUAACCCCAAUCAAGACCAAUCCACUGAUGAAGAGCCUCCGAGUUCAGGAGAGAUCAGGUGAGGGUGAGGAAGAGCCGACUCACAUACCAUUAUAUGCAGAUCCUGCAGUUAUACUUCAAGCAUACAUUCCUGGGAUUGAGCGCGGGCCCUUACCAGCAUGUGCAGAGGGGUACAGACUCAAGCAGAACGAAAAAUACAUGCUUGCGAAAAAAAGAUUAGAUGAAUGGGCCCCACAGAUUGAUGAGAUUUUGUCUGAUAUAAAAAAUAAAAUCAGACAAAGAUUUGGAGAAAAACUUUACCAGAAGAAAGGACACCAAGGAAGUGACUUUAAAAAAAAGUUACCAUCGAUGGUUUUCGAGCAAUUGUGA